ACUCCAAAAUCUCUUUGAUUCGUUCAGACUCACUCUCUUCGGCGAGAAACUGUUAGGUCGUUACGUACUUGUGGUUCCGCCGCGAAAUCUCCGACUACAAAAUCGUUCUAUUCUAGCUUCUCGGAAAAUGAUCUGCCUAGUUCUCUCUGUCCUCAUCACGGCGGCGGCGGUGGCGGCUGCUGCGGAGUUCGGUGGGGAGGUAUUAGAGACGGAGCUCUGGUGCGUGGCGAAGAACAACGCUGAGGAUUCGGCACUUCAAACGGCCGUUGACUGGGCUUGUGGGCCUGGAGGAGCUGAUUGCGGUGAGAUCCAGGAGGGCGGAUUCUGUUACGAUCCAUCGGAUAUGGUGAAGAUGGCGUCGUAUGUUUUCAAUAACUAUUACUUGAAGAACGGUCUCGCAGAUGAAGCUUGUAACUUUACUAACAACGCAGCUGUUACUUCACUGAAUCCUAGUCAAGGAGCAUGCAAGUUUCCUUCAAGUAAGAGAGUGAGCAGUGGAAGUAUCGCUGAUGCCACUUCAACGCAGGCAACAACUGCUGCACAAGAAUCCUCAGAUUUCAGCAGAGCAAGGCGGAUGUUUACCAGCUGGUCGUUUCCCUUCAUCAUUUUAGGCCACAUUAUGACAAUGACACUGAUCAUUCAUCCUCUUUAGCUACCGCUUGGUGAUUGAAGGUAACCCUUUUUUUUAAUCUCCAAACCCUUUCCUCAACACUCAAUUUUAUGUAAACUAAAAUGGUUCUGCAUCUUUAAUGGAUCCCUGAAAUGUAGCUCUGUACUGUCUUACUAUUAUGAAGAGUUAACUAGAAAGGCAUCAACGUUAGCUGUGUAUCAUGAUGUAUCUUUUGACUAACAUAUAGAUUGUGUUCCAUUACACAAAACUAUCGGAAAAAAUAAAAACAGAGAAUGGUUUUUUUAAUAAAAGAAAGGAAGGUAUAGUAUAAAUUAAAGAUUUCUAAUGUGUGUGUGAUUUAUAUGCAUUACAUGUAUCUCUAUGUUGACUCAAUGUCUCUCUCUCAAGAUCCGCUACACGAUCUUGGUCAACACAAGUAUGAUUGAUCCUAUUCGAAGAUCUUUCCCUUGUCAAGAUCCUCUUAAACGAAUCUAAUCGCGAAACAGGGGACACAACUGUUUUGUUUCCCAAGGAAGAAGAGGGUGCAGCUUCCACCGUCAAAUUCAGCCUGGCUUCCUCCAACAAUGGCGAUGCAGUACUGAUUGGUCCUUCCCUUGGCUCAGGCUCAAGUCUCGGCAUACAGGGCAAGUGGAGCAAGUCGAGAGCCACCUGUCCACACAGUCGACGUGGAAUAUGUGCUUGCAGUUGGGCAACUUUAGUUGGUGGAGAACAAAAGUGAAGUAGAUACAUAUUUAGAAAGUUUGGCAGAUAAUGGGCAUAGCUCUAUGUAAUUGGGUGUGAGAACAUGUGUGUGUAGAUUGAUCGAGGACUUAACUGGCGUUUGCUCUUGCA